AUGUUUGAUUUGUAAUGUACGUGUUGCAGACACUUGAUGUGAGACUAACACAAUCAUUACAUUGUUUACAGGUCUAUUGAAUUAUUGUACAUUUAUCAUAAAUCUGCUAACCAUUAAUGCACAAAAACAUACAUGCAAGCAUAAGCUUUUGUGUUACUGACAUUUAAGACUUCCAGAAAGCAGACAAAAUGGUGAACCAUAGUAAGAAUAAAAUUGUAAUAUUGUUAUGUUAACAGAGAAAUAUGUUGCCAAUGACAAGGGUUAACCAGUCCCGAGGGAUCUUGUUGUGUUGGGUUAAGAUUUAUCAUCAUAUUUCUGAUGUGAAUUAAACCUAGGAAUUUAGUGAUUUAAUGAGUGUAUUAUUAUUAUUGAUUAAUAUAAUACAACUAAAUAAAAUUCCCUUGACAGCUCUCUGAGGGUGAUGCCAAAUUCUUAAAUAACAAAGGUUAUUUAUACUUUGUGCUGAUGCAAACAAAGAACAGGGCUCUUGAGUAAAGGAUUAAUUCUACAAAGCAUUGUUGCUGCCACUUCAACACCAUGAUGUACACAUGUACGUCAAAUGAAAACUCACUUACAGUACCAUGCCGUACGUGCGUACGUCAAGUUUCCCAUUCUAUUCUAUGAUCGGUUUCUCAGUCUAGCGUUUCAGGUUUCAUUCUCUAAAGCAGUGCUACUAAUGUGGAAUGGGCAUUGAAAGUUGGGGGAGGGUCAGGAGACAUUUUUAUCCAAUUGCGUGUCAUGUAGCAAUUCCAGUCUGUAGCUGGGAGCCAUUCAGCUUUUACAAGUAUAUAUUUAGUGUUUUAAAUUUAUUAUUUUUGAUUUAUUAUUAGUUUUACUUGUUUAGUUCUAGUUUAUAUAGUUUUUAGCAAAAGCUAAACAUGGCAAUGUAUGUGGUCUUUCUAUAAUGAUCAACGGGAGUGAAGUUGGUUUGGAGGAUUUCAAUACGAGCAACAGUGAUGCUAACUUAACACUCAGCGAUUAUGAUGAAGAGGAUUGGAGCCAAGAACAAUGCAAACUGUACAAACAGAAGAGCAUGCAGCUACCUUACAGGUGGAUUGUAGAUAUGGAAGGAGCCCCCGGUACACUGUAUGAAGGAGAAAAGUUUCAGCUUCUAUUCAAAUUCAGUAGUCGAUAUCCUUUUGAUUCACCUCAGGUUAUGUUCACUGGUGACAAUAUACCUGUCCAUCCUCACAUUUAUAGCAACGGUCACAUCUGUUUAUCCAUUUUAACAGAAGAUUGGUCUCCAGCUCUGUCAGUGCAAUCAGUCUGUCUUAGCAUUAUCAGCAUGCUUUCCAGUUGCAAAGAAAAGAGACGGCCACCAGAUAAUUCGUUUUAUGUAAGAACAUGUAACAAGAAUCCAAAGAAAACAAAAUGGUGGUAUCAUGAUGAUACGUGUUAAUGUUCAGUUUUGUAUUGGUCCUAGAAGAAAGAAGUCCUACUGAGUACAUAAGCACUUUGAUCAUACAGUCUUUGAACUUUACCUUUGAUUGAAAAAAAUGGACACAUUGCGCUGAAGACAACUUUCUUUUACUGCAUUUCUACCAGCAUGCAGUUUUGAUGCAUAUUGAUAGCUGGUUUUAAACAAACAAACAAACAAAAAAAUUAUAUUUGAAUCCACCCAACAUGGUUUCAUUUGCCAUGAGGUAUUAAUGCAGAAAGUAAGAAGAUUUGUAACAACAUUAUUCCUAUUUUAAGUCAUUUGUAUGUUCCUUUUUGUUUUGAAACUUUUCAGGUCCUCAUGUAUUGUGCAAUAAUCAUUACUGAUGCAUGCUUGGACCUACAAAGAAAGAUUAAACCCUAAUGCAUUUGUUCAACUCAAAGGGAUUUCAGCAUUUUAACCCAAGGAAAACACUUCAUGUUUUGGGCUUAAAUUAUAUGCACUGUGACAAUACCUUUGGAAGUUAACAGCUAAUAUGUGAAAUAUUAUCACCUCGUUCCACUACUCCUUGCCACACUUUCUAUUCAGGUUAUAGGUCCUAUAAUGUUUUUUGAAAAAAAGAAAAGGGACAAAUAGAGCGUACUUUUACUGUUGACCCGAAUUGUGGUCUAUUCCAAAUGCUUACCCUUAUAAACCGGUCUAACUGUUUAUGAAUUAUGAGUUAUGUGGACAACCAUGGCUGUAUAGACAAUGAAGUUCAUAUUAUUGCACAGGUUAUCAUUUAUUAAUCUCUAGACAUAUGGUUAAACAUCUUUUAACAAUGUUCACUUGCCUUCACUGUCCGCCCUGAUCCAUGAGAAAAGAAAAAGACACUUUGGAAACCACCUAUAUACUUUUGUGUUGUAGUUGGAUUAUUAUUACUACUUUUAUUUGUUUGUUUUGUUUUGUUUUGUUGUGUCAUGCUUAAAUUGUAAGUAAUUUCUCUUUACUAGCAAACAGCAUCCUGACUUAUUUCUUAAACAAAAAAUACAUUUUGAAGAAUGCUUAAUGUUUUGAAA